AUGGUGAAUGACAAGUUUACCAAACUCCGAUCUAGUGCUACAUUUACAGUUAUCUGUAACGGUGAACCUGGUAUACCCGGGGUAAAAGGUGAUGCUGGAAUCCCAGGAGCACCAGGGAUUCAAGGACUAAAGGGAGAACAAGGAAGUGUUGGGCCAAAGGGAGAAAAAGGUACAGAUGGGAUUCCAGGGCCACAGGGAGAACAAGGAAGUAUUGGCCCAAAGGGAGAGAAAGGCAUAGAAGGGCUUCCAGGACCACCAGGAAAACAAGGAAGCAUUGGCCCAAAGGGAGAGAAAGGCAAAUAUGGGCUUCCAGGGCCACAGGGAGAACAAGGAAAUAUUGGCCCAAAAGGAGAGAGAGGCAUAGAUGGGCUUCCAGGGCCACAGGGAGAACAAGGAAGUGUCGGGCCAAAGGGGGAGAAAGGCAUAGAUGGGCUUCCAGGGCCACAGGGAGAAAAAGGAAGUAUUGGCCCAAAGGGGGAGAGAGGCAUAGAUGGGUUUCCAGGGCCACAGGGGGGACCUGGUGAAAGGGGAGCAGAUGGACACAUUGGGCCAAGGGGCCCUCCUGGCAUGAAAGGAGAACAGGGUGAUACUGUAGUAAUUGACUAUGAUGGCAGAAUUUUGGAAGCUCUCAAGGGGCCACCAGGUCCUCAAGGGCCACCGGGUCCUCAAGGUUCCCCAGGACCAAAGGGGGAGCUUGGCUUGCCUGGUCCACCUGGGGUUGAUGGUGAGAAGGGUCCUAAAGGGUCAAAAGGAGACCAAGGAAGCCCUGGGCCAAUGGGACAGAAAGGAGAGAUAGGAGAAGUUGGCAUGACUGGUCUACCAGGUCCUAAAGGAAUAAAAGGAGACCAAGGAAGCCCUGGGUUAAUGGGACAGAAAGGAGAGAUAGGAGAAAUGGGCUUGUCUGGUCCCCCGGGGAUUGAUGGGCCAAAAGGAGAACGUGGUGCUCCCUGCGAACCAGAUCUUGUGCAGGUCAUAGCUGAACCAGGACCUCCAGGCCUACCAGGUCCACCAGGCCCUACGGGUCCUAAAGGAAUACAAGGACAUAAGGGUGCAGAUGGGGCAAAAGGUAUAAAGGGUGAAACUGGCCACAGAGGUGAAAAAGGUCCCCCUGGCCCACAGGGUCCUGCUGGUCCCCAUGGACUUAUUGGUUUACCAGGCACCAAAGGAGAGAAGGGAAAGCCAGGGGAACCAGGAUUAGAUGGCUUCCCGGGUCUGAGAGGAGAAAAAGGAGAAAAAAGUGAAAGAGGAGAGAAGGGUGAAAGAGGACUGCCAGGCAGAAAAGGAGCAAAGGGGCAAAAGGGAGAACCCGGCCCUCCUGGAUUGGACCAGCCUUGUCCAGUGUUCAUUUUUAAAGGAGAGCCAGGUUUACCAGAACUGGAUGGUGUGAAUAUGCUCUGCCCUUUGGGACCAGAUGGAUUACCAGUACCAGGAUGUUGGCACAAGACGCAGAUGCAAAAGGAAGAAAAAACAAAAAAGAAAAAAAAGAUGCAGCCCUAGAAAUGAAAAAAACUGUGGCCUCUGGAUGAGUGCAGGAGGAACUUCCAACCUGCAAAGAUCACACAAGUAUAACCAGGCAUGCUGCUACAUGCACACUAUGACUGACUCAACUUUCUGUGGAUGUUUCUCCUAUGAAGAAACUUUAUCUCUAGGAGGUGGAGACCCUCAGUCAAGCUUUCUACAAUUUGAGACUAAAGGUUGAAAGAUUCUUUUGCAGAAUUCUCACAGAGGUGGAAAACUCGCUUGCCAAACAACUUUUUCCAACAAAGGAAACUGUAUAAUAUUCAUCUCCAUUUACAGAUUAGAGCAUAACACAAAUUCUGCAUAA